AUGCAGCAACGGCGCGGCGAGCAACGGUUGAGCUCAGCCUGCAGCAAGCAGCGCAGCCAGAUUCCUCCACAAAUUAGCAAUGAGUUUAAUCGGCACAAUUCACGGCCAAAGAAAAGCAAGUCAUUUAUUGCGGCACGGAAAAUCGCGUUUUUCGUUGACGUCCGAAAGCCGGCAAAGCUGUCAUCCUGCGAUGCUUUUCAUUCCUUCUCGAUGUCGAGACCGAGCUCAAGCACGCCCAACUUUCGGUGA